AUGGCUAUCCUAAUGACAAAUGGAAUGUUUAUCAUUGAUGAGAUCCAUUACGGUGGCAAGAUCUACAAGAACCUGAUUGGCGGUGGAUCACAUACUAUAGCUGGCGCAUGCAUCUGUUCAGAUUCCCCUGAGAUAUCCAAAGGCAUAAAAUGGAUUGUCGAUCGAGGCAGCGAUUUUCCAGAUAAAAUAACUAAGGAAUUGCAGCAGUGGGGAGCGGAUAUUCAUUUUAGAGACGAUUCCAGGAGACUUACAACAAGAGGGGAAAAUAUCUAUUGUGAUAAUGAACUUCGUGGUUUCAGGUACUUGACUGAGAAAAGAAGUAUAGAUGUCAAAGAUCUAGUUACCGAAUUUGGUGAAGAUGAAGUGAAGAACGUUGCUGCAUUCCACCUGAUUUGUUCCACUGAGAGGGCUGUAGAAAUAAUGGGACAACUUAAACAGCUACCUUUGAUGAGAUCACCAGUAUUCCUAUGGGAGCCUCUUCCUGAUAUCUGCAACGAAGUCCACCUUAAGAAACUGAUUGAAAUAAUGCAUAGAGAGGAAAAUAUUAUCCUGUCUCCUAAUGCUAAAGAAGCAGCUGGCUUUCUUGGAUAUAAUGAGCCAUUGGAUCUUGCAGGAUGCAAAACACUGAUUAAGAAAUUUGAUACGCUACUGAAAAACGAAAAUGCCAUGAUAUUACGAUGUGGGAAGCACGGAUCAUUAUCCUUGUCUCCAAAGAAUGAUAACAAACAGUUACGGUCGAUCCUUCAUUUCCCUGCAUACCACACAAAAACCCCUAAUAAAGUAUUGGACCCCACUGGUGGAGGCAAUAGCUACUUAGGCGGUUUCGCACUAGGUUAUGUUCUAAGCAAAGGCGACUUAUGCAUUGCUCAGAUAUUAGGGAACGUUGCUGCAGGUUGUAUUGUUGAGACUGUCGGUGUCCCUAAGAUGGUUUGCAAAAGAUGGAACGGUCUAUCAUUCAGGGAUAGGUUACACCACUACCUUACGACCUAUAAACUACAGUAUACGACGCAAAAUAUUCUGGCUGCUAUACAGUAUAGUUAG